CCCGAUUGACCAAUUAAAUUCUUUGAAACUUUCGUAAACGUCAAACGCAAUUUAAGAUUGCAGUCGGGGAAAUGCUAGAGAUACUUCGAUUAUAUUAACCAAUUAGAAUAAAGAAAUUUCUACUCUUAUUGUCCUGAUUGGCCAAUCGAACACUUCAAACGAUGUCUCUUUGACCACAGCCUGAUAUUCAUAUUUAUUUUUAAUUUCAUGACAACCACGUGUUGAUAUGUAUUGUAUGGCAGCAUCAUAUGUAAUCAUCUUUAUAUUGUAUUUUUAGAAUUACGAUCGGGGAAAGAUGCAUUAUUAUCAUACAAUGACGUGGUUACAUUAAUGAACAAUAACCAAUGGAGUUCAUUACGUUAGAAUUAAGACCACGAUUGCAAUCUUGCAAUGCAUUUAUUGCCGUACGAAAAGAUCUCUGUUUAAAAAAUGUUCGAAUUAAACUCAUGGAAAGUAACAUAAUAUUAAUACUCCAAGACUGCCGCAUAAAUUUUUUGUUGCCAUCUGUAAAAAUUGUACCUACUUCUCUAUCCACGUUAAGUGUAAUAAAUAAUUGGAUUUGCUUUCGUUUACAAACGGCACCGUUAAAAUCUGUAUUUGGAUCGUUCAGUACAGAAAUUGUAACUCAUACGAAUACAUCAGUUCAACUGAGUAAUGGUCCGCAAUCAUUUUUAGACAAUAUCAAAUUGUUGUUUAAAACAUCAGAAUGUAUCAUAUUAUGUACUUGUUGUAAAAAUGUGCUUUCAAAAUCGAUUAAUUUUAAAAGGUUUUUAUCUUUACCUGAUCUAGAAUAUGAUCCCAAUGAAUGGUUCUGUUGUAAGCAUAGUUCCAAUGUUAUCGCAAAUGUGCAAUUACAAGAAUCUGAUUAUUUAUACGGCUCUUGUUUCUCUGUAUUGCAUAAAAAUAUUUUUGAAAACAAUGUACAUAUAGAUAAUAAAGCAUUGAUUUGUAAUAAAUGUUUAUUACAUAUAGGAACACCUCAUGCGUAUAGUUUAUUCAAAAUAUGGAACUGUUGUGUAGAUUACAAACCACAGAGUAGUGCAUUAAAUACUAUAGAUGCUACUGAUCCACUCAACGAUUUUCUACUACUUAUAAAAGAUUCAUUGAGUGAAAUUUUAGGAGAAGAAAUUAUCUUGCAAACAUCUGUUGGCAAACAAAUUCAUUGUCUUCUGAUAAAACCAAUGGAUUGUAAAUUAAAUUUAAUUACAGAGCCUAACAACAAAGUAAUGAAUGAUAUUGACACUAUUUUCUUACAACAGAAAUGCGUAACCAAAGUUUUAUAUAAAUAUGGAACAAAUAAAAUUACUAAUACUAAUUAUUCAAAUAUUAAACACAUUGAAGUAGGUUUGUCUAUAAUAGAAGCUGGUUUAAAUUAUUUGUUAUUAUCGACAAAACGAUUACCCCAUGUCUACAGAACUAUUACAGAUUGUUUUCUUGGUUAUAUUGUAUUAUAAGAAAUUAUAAACUAAAUACUAUAGAUGAAUAAUUGUGUAUAAUAAUUUUUAUGUAUCACA